AUGAAGUUCGAGACGAGUGCUGCUCUGAUGGCCCUGGUGGGCGUGGCCGCUGCCCGCCCCGAUGCCGCGAAGGUCUCGCAAGGAUCGGCCAAGUUUAGACGAGAGGUCCCCCAGGAACACUCGCACGAGAAGUUCCUGACCGGAGUCGGGACUGCUCUCAACCUGAACAACGUCGACCAGGUCUCGGACCCCGUCUUCGCCCUGCUCGGAAACGCCGCUGCCGCCGCCGGCGCCGGCAAAGUCACGGACCUCGACUGCCUGCAGCAGCGCGUCGCUGACCAGGCCUUCACCAACGCCAAGGCGGCCGGUGACGUCGCGGGCCAGACCAACGCGCUGAUCUUCCGCGCUCUCGAGCGCAACACUGGCAAGGUCGGCCUAGCGUCGGUGUCUUGCACAGAGACAGCCGUCAACCCCGAGAUCGCCGCCAUCCAGCAGCACCAGGACCCGGCCUCGGACGGCGCCGCCGCCGCCAACAAGCAGAUCGCGCUCAACCUGGCCGUGCAGCUGAACUCGAUCGGCGCCGACCCCCAGCUCGCUCUUCAGUCUGGCACCUUUGCGCCGGGCGACGUUACUGACACCACCGGUGCCGGCAACACUUGCGACGACCAGAAUGACGCUGUAGGCUGCGCCAUCUCUCAGAACUUGAUCGUUGAUGACGCGACGCCUGAUGAGAUUGAUGCGGCCGUUGCUGCUGGUGGUGCGGCUGCUGGUGGCGCUGCCGCCGGUGCCGCCGCUACUUCCAGUGCUGCUGCGGGUGCUGCUGCUACUUCCAGCGCAGCUGCUGGUGCGGCUUCUAGCGGUGCUGCUGUCGCUGCCGCUGAUGGUUGCGCCGACGACAGCGCUGCCACUGCUACCGCUGCCUCUAAUGCCGCCGCCUCCUCUGGUGCCGCUUCUUCUUCUGAUGCCGCCUCCUCUGACGCCACCGCCACCGCCACCGGUACCAACGUCAACGCCUUCACCGGCGCCGUCGGCUCGGCGCCCGUGCCCGUGACCAGCGACGCGGCGGCCGCCAAGCCCUUCACGGUCAACGGCUCGCAGUUUCUCAACGUGGGCGCCGCGGUCCAACGCGCCUGCGACGUGCAGAAGAACGCCUGCGCCAACGCGGCCAACGGCGGCGACGCUUCGAUUAGUGUCUCCGACUGCGACACCCAGCAGAAGGCUUGCGUCGCCGCUAACGCGAGCGCUGCUAAGAAGACGAAGACCCGGAGAGUUGCUCGCGGUCUGUACUAG